CACAGGUUGACUGUUAUUUGAAAAAAAAGCUCCAAAAAAAGUCUAUUUCCUGUUGUGAGGGUAGAGAGCGUAGGGGAAAGACAGAUUACAGAUAGAUGGUAAUAGAGAGGAACUUAGUAAGACACUAACAGGACGGGAACCAGACAAUUUGCAAGCAAGCUGAAAAGAUAUCAGAUAUGAUAACAUGCUGAAGAAGAGGUAAAGGCUAAAGGGUGCUUUAAAGAGGAUUGAGACUUAUAUAAAAAACAUCAAUCUGAGCUGAGAUAGACCUGUGCUACAUCUCAUAGCCAUCACCGUUAUCUGAGGCACAAGAUGGUGGAGCCUUGUGAGGAGCUGACAGACCACGAGUCUAGCAUUCCAGAACUCAAUCCCUUGGCCUCCUAUCAAUGGAAAAACCGAAAUCGCAGUGUGUGGAACAAGUUUCAGGACUGGAGAACCUCUUUUAUUACCCAACACAAGCCAUCCAAAAAAAAGCAGUCAAAGCUAUCCGAUAAAUCAAAAAAAGGGAGCUUUGCACGUUACCUGGGAUCAGUCUCGCUGCCACAGAAAAGGAGGAAGAAGGACAUAACAGAGCCAGUUGAGGUGACUGAAGAGCUGCUGGUCUUCCCUACUCCCACCCAUACUCCUGAAGUUCACGUAUGGGACGUGUCAAGCUUCUCCCUUGUAGAAGGAUGUAUUUUGAGGACAAAAGGAGAGGAGCAGGAUGCAUUUCGAACCCGGAGUCGUGCUGGCAGUUGCGUGUCCAAUAAUGAAGCAGUGCUUGCAGACAGAGCAGAGGCAGAUCCAAACGUUGAUGGAAAUGCAGAACUUGAUUCAAAGAAUCAGUUUAAUAAUGUGAAGGGUUUGAUUUUGAAAAGGAAAAAGAAGAACAAGAAAAAAAGUUCUUCACCACUUCAACCAGAUGAGAGGAGUUUGCAUGGGUCCCAUGAAUCACUGGGUUGUGUGGAAAUUCUUGACCUGAAUAACGAGAAAGAUGUGAUUAUACGAGCUCUACAUAGCAGUAUUCUGGGGGAGCAAUUCUGCUUUGAGGUCAUCACCUCCAAAUGCAGCCGCUGUUUUGGAUGUUCAUCUGUUCUGGAGCGAGACCGAUGGAUUGAAAAUCUUCGCAGAAUUGUGCAACCAGAUAAGGAUAAUUUUGAGCGUGAAGAGUCCUCUCUCAGUCUUUGGAUUCAUGAAGCCAAGGGUCUUCCCAAUUCAGGUCCUGGCUCCCGUGCCCUUUACUUCUGUGAGGUCCAUCUUGAUGGCUCUCUUUAUGGCCGAACUUCAAGCAAAGCACCUGAGUCUGGCGUGUUAUUCUGGGGAGAGAGCUUUAACUUAAAAGACUUGCCCUCUUUUUCAGGCCAUGUUGCGCUGCAUCUUCUCCGAGAAGGGAAAGAAGCCACUGGGGUGGGAACUGUAACACUGGCUUUGGAAGGAAUGAGGGAAGGGGUUGAGAGAUGGGUGCCUCUUGGUGGAGAGGUGACACUCAGACUACGAGGAAGGUACAGGAAGCUCUGUGUUCUUCCCCUGGUGCAGUACAAGGAAUUUGCAGAGUAUCUUACCUGGAAGUACCUUAAGCUAAGCCGAGCAAUGGAGCCCAUUCUGAGUGCACGGGAAAAAGAAGAGCUUGGAAGAUCACUGGUCUACGUCCUGCAGAGUACUGGUCAGGCCAAGGAGUUCCUGGUGGACCUCGGUACAGCUGAGCUCACACGUUAUGACUUCCAAGAAUCAUUAAUAUUCCGUGAAAACACUAUUGUCACCAAGGCCAUCGAAGAGUACAUGAAAAUGGUGGGACAGAUGUACCUCCAGGAGACCCUUGGCCCCUUUGUCUCUCGCAUAUAUGCCUCAACAGACAGUCAUGAAGUUGACCCCCUGCGCUGUUCCCCAGAAGAGCUAAAUGAGAACAAGGAGCAUCUGUGGCAAAGCUGUGAGGAGGCUGUGCAGAGUAUUCUGGAGUCACAAAGGUCCUUUCCUCCAGAGCUCCUGGUUGUUUUCUCAAGCUGGCAGGAGAAAGUAACUAUGUGGGACAGACCAGAGUUGGGUUCUCAGAUGGUCAGCGCUUGCCUCUUCUUGCGGUUCCUGUGUCCUGCUAUCCUCUCCCCAGGUCUAUUCCACCUCUCUCCUGAACAUCCCAAACCUCUUGCUGCACGUGCUUUGACCCUAGUAGCCAAAGUCCUUCAAAAUCUUGCAAAUUUUACAAGGUUCGGAGAAAAGGAAGACUACAUGGCAUUUAUGAAUGGCUUCUUAGAGCAGUAUUGGGAUGGGAUGUCGAACUUCCUGCAGACAGUGACAGAUCCGGACAGUGAGGUGUCACCAGUCGGUUAUGAGGGCAGCAUUGAUCUGGCCUAUGAACUUGGUACACUCCACUACAUGCUGUGUGGUAUCUUUAAAGGAGUCCAUCAGCAAACCAAAGAUCAACUGGAGCCAUUGCCCACAAUCCUCAAGGCCCUAGCAGAAGGUCUUCCUGUCCCAGAAUGCAUCACUCAGGAUCAGAGCCAGGAAGAGAGUGAAGAACCAGAGUACAUGUUUCCAAAAGACAUGAGAAAUUUCCGACCUCUUGUGAAAAAGUGUCAGUCGCUCGGCAGCCUUAUGAGGGAACAGCUGACUCCACUGCCGAAGAUUGAGGAGAAGAAGAGCAAACGUCAUGUUACCCGCACACAGAGUGUUCCUGCGCAGAGCAGACCAAGACGAGACCGCAGGACAAGGGCAGAUGCUAACUCAGUAGCUGAUAAAGAUCAGGAGGAUACUUCAAACACUGUAAAGAGGACACCACGGCUUCGACAAUCAUCCACUCUUCCCAGGCGAAAGUCCACUGUCCCAUGGUGCAGGAAUGAAGAUCAUCAUCUGAUUGGACCAAUGAGGGAGGAAGGAGAAAGCCAGGAGAUUCAUCUGCAGGAGAUGAGGGGGCAGAUUGCUGAUAAUUUGGGUAAGCAGAAGGACCUGGAAGGGCAGCUUCUGACCAUGACAGAGAAGGUACAAGAAGUCAUGAGCCAGCUGGCUACAACGCAAGAGAUGUACCGGACAUUGCAGGCUGAGAUGACUGAACAGAUGAGAAAAAUGCAGAAGAGAAUUGAUGUCUUAGAGAAGAAUUCUGCAGAGACACAAAAAGAGGAAAACGAAGAACAGAGAGUAGUUAUGGAGAAGCACCUGUCAUCUCUCAAGAAGAACUGCUGGAGGAAACAUGAACAUUUCACAAACCCCCACAGGGAGGAAGAGGACAAGAUUGAGAAUACUUGUGAAAACACAGCUAUCGUUAUGGAUUCAAAUACUGCCUAAGGCCCCUUUCACACGUGCGGAAAGUAUGUCUGUAUUUCAUCCAUCUGUUUUUGGAUGAAAUACGGACAUAC